AGGGUAGAUAUCUUCUUUAUAUAGCUUUCUUUUUUCUUUAAUAUUCGUAUCUUUUUACUGAAUAAAUGCACUGUAGUAUGUUCCAUACUUAUUCAAAUAUAGAGUUAUGUACACAUGCGCUACGCGCUAUGAUACAGGUGCUGAGUAAGAAAACGGUCGCAAGCGAGCCAUCGAUGUUACUCCACGCGCGGAGUCAAGUUCCAACGGGAACUCCACUGGAAGCAGGUUCCCACGACCAGGUGUGGUGUCGUAUGUUCAGACGGACCGAGGCAACAUGAUCAUCAUAAACGUGGACGACAACGUGACCGGCAAACCUGGCAGCACCGAAAACACCAGCCUAGCUAAAUAGUACCGAAUCCAGAAGUUAGCUUUAGUCUUAGUUUAGCAGUUCGCAAAUAAAGAUCCCCAGUAAUGUUUUUUUAAAACUUACUCCGGGCUAUCGUAAACAUAAUUGGCGCAGUCGGCUAGGCCCAAUUCACGUUCAGUGACAAGUGUUCAAGUACAGUGCAGUGAAAUAACGGAAAUAAAUCUGUGUAUCGCCCGGACUUUGCUCCAUCGCCCGAUCCGUGGUUGACUCGUGACGAUCGCGUGAAUUUCAUUAUUUCAUAAAGUGUAAGAACAAGUGCACGAACGGUUGGUUUCAACUAUUUAGAAUUGGAAGAGAACAUUCGAACAAAAGCUAGUGGCAAGACUCCCCAGCCAGCGUUACUGGGUAAACUAAUCAACGCAGGACAAUCGCUGACCCAACCCGUGGACAACGAGUGACCAAAGAAGAAAAGGAAGGACAAUCGCUGACCCAAUCCGUGGACAACGAGCGACCAAGGAAGAAAAGGAAGGACAAUCGCUGACCCAAUCCGUGGACAACGAGCGACCGAAGAAGAAGAGGAAGGACAAAGCAAAGGACAGUUUGGACUAAUUCAAAACUUAUAACAGCAACAAUUUACAGAGAAAUUCCUAGAGAAGAUAGAAUAGUCGCAAUAAAAAUAGGAACGGCCAAAAUAAAAAUUGGAUAUCAUAGAGUAAUACAUACAAUAAAUCUGGAAAAAAUAGAAACUAACCUUAACUAUAUUCAGAAUUUAGCCAAUAAUAUUAGCCUAACCAAUCAUCUUAAGGACACCUUAGACUAUAAAAUCCUAUCAGCUUAUAAGAAAUUAGGAAAUAUAAGACCUAGAAAACAAAAGAGAGGCAUAAUAAAUGGUUUAGGAACAAUUAUAAAAAUAAUCGCAGGAAAUCCAGAUCAAGAAGAUUUGAACAUAAUUAACAGCAACCUAGAACAUUUAGAACAUUCAGAAAACAAAAUCAUAUCCAACAUUAACGCUCAAGUUAGAAUUAAUUCCGAAAUAGAAAAAUCAGUGAACAAAAUUACACAAACUCUAAAAAAAAUCGAAAAUCAAAUGAAUAAUCAGAUAAAAGUCGUAAAAACUGAAAUAGAACAAGUAAAUCUUAUCCUGAACAUUGAUAACAUUGUACAACUGCUAGAAGACAUAGAAGAACAGAUUAGCUUUGCUCGUUCUAACAUAAUAAACAAAAAUAUUCUAUCGUCAAACGAAACGGAAUAUAUAUGGCAAACAUUAAAAGAUCAGAAAAUAUUUCUGAACUUUAAAGAGGAAAUUUCACAAUAUGUUUCAUGCAUAGUUACAGCAAUAGGUAAAAAAAUAUUUCUAGUAGUAAAAAUACCGAUAGUAGAGCGAAAAGAUUAUGACCUCUUACGAAUAGAAACUCUAAACGUAAACAACACCCGAGUAGAGACGGAUGUAAAAUUUGUAGCCAAACAUAAAAACACCAUUUUCAAUGUUAACGAGGAGUGCACGAUUUGCAACAACCCACAACCGCUAAACGACAAGUGUAUCUCAAAUAUCAUCAGAAAUCAUCCAUCUAAAUGUACCACCACCACGAGCUCCGAGCAUACGAUAAUACGAGAAAUGAAACCAGGAGUCAUUCUAAUCGAUACCACCCUUGGAGUGCCAGUCAUUGAUUCAUGCUCAAACAGCCAAAUAAUAGCAGUACCCACACUAAUUGAAACCGGCAAUUGCACCGUAAAAAUCUUAAAUAGCACAUUUACUGCGCAUAUUGAUGUGCUAGACCAAGAAGACUACUUCAUACCCUUAACUGGCAGCAAAACAGAAAUAACUCUUAACAAGCCAAGUAUACAAGAUCUGCACACAAUGCAUAUUAGUAACAUACAUCAACUCCAUACAAUAACACUCCGCUUACGCACGCAUACAAUUGCAGGAGGGAUAUUAAUUGUUGUUCUAACAGGCUUUCUUAUAACUGCAUUUUGCAUCUACAAACACAAAACCAAACAUGCAGAGAAGAAAAUGUCUACCGAAGCUAUUCACAACAUCAUCCCACUGCAAACGUCGGUAAGUCGAUCGAGGACGCUCGACGUUUAAGGAGGGAGGAGUUAUGUACACAUGCGCUACGCGCUAUGAUACAGGUGCUGAGUAAGAAAACGGUCGCAAGCGAGCCAUCGAUGUUACUCCACGCGCGGAGUCAAGUUCCAACGGGAACUCCACUGGAAGCAGGUUCCCACGACCAGGUGUGGUGUCGUAUGUUCAGACGGACCGAGGCAACAUGAUCAUCAUAAACGUGGACGACAACGUGACCGGCAAACCUGGCAGCACCGAAAACACCAGCCUAGCUAAAUAGUACCGAAUCCAGAAGUUAGCUUUAGUCUUAGUUUAGCAGUUCGCAAAUAAAGAUCCCCAGUAAUGUUUUUUUAAAACUUACUCCGGGCUAUCGUAAACAUAAUUAUAGUUUUGAAAUUAAAAUUGUAUUUUG